AAGCUCUCAUUCCCUGAAAGACAAAAACGUUAGCUUGGUAGCUGUUAGCGUCGACUGGCUUGCGUAAACGUUUAUAUUCUUAUCAUUUGAAUAUUAAAGCCAUUCCAGACCGCAGUAAUGCCGGGACCAGCUAACAUCGUCGCCAUGAAGAAAGUUGUUCGACAGUUGCGCAUGGAAGCGAGUAUCAACAGAGUUAAGGUCUCCCAGGCCGCAGCGGAUCUCCAGCAGUUUUGCCUCCAGAACGCCCAGCAGGACCCCCUGCUCACCGGCAUGUCUUCCAGCAACAACCCGUUCAGACCGCAGAAAGUCUGCUCCUUCCUAUAGUACCGACAGGCCGAACGACCGCUGUUUUGGAUGAUGUCUUGUAAAGCUCAGCUGGAGGGUCCUGCAAAGUAGACGGGAAUCGUCUCAGGAGUCUUUGGGAAAUUCGGGCCAGGAAUCUAACUUGAGCCUUUUUUAACUUUAACCUUCCUAAAAAAAAAAAUUUGUGUCUUUUUUUUGGGUGCAUAAGAAAUGCAUCAGCCUUCCUAUGUAGAACUAACACACAUGUGCCUUCUUAAAUGUAAAUGUUUCAUCCCUUAAUAAAAUGCAACUGUUUCCACAUUUUA